UGGUAUCCCUUUGGCUUUCACAUCCAAACAGAAUGGAAACGAUCCCCAAACUGAUGGCCGCUGUUGUUCUGUUGACUGUGUGUUUGGAAGGCUGCUCCAGCCAGCACUGGUCCUAUGGGUUGCGCCCUGGGGGGAAGAGAAAUACUGAACACUUGGUUGAUUCUUUCCAAGAGAUGGGCAAGGAGGAGGAUCAAAUGGCAGAACCCCAGAACUUCGAAUGCACUGUCCACUGGCCCCGUUCACCUCUUAGGGAUCUGCGAGGAGCUCUGGAACGUCUGAUUGAAGAGGAAGCUGGGCAGAAGAAGAUGUAAUGCACUGGCCCAGAAGGAUCCACAACAUCCGAGUGUGACAUUGACGCUGAGAUCCAUGACCUGUUACAGCUCUGUAAUUGUGUGGGCUUCCGCAUUUCUAUACCCAGCAGCGUAGAUUUCAUAAUAAAGUAAUGUGUUGUGGAUCAAGACCUGUAA